CGGCGGGAGCGGCGGCGGCGGAGCUGCUGCUGCUGCUGCGCGACGGAGGGGCCCGACCCGCAGCCCGGUCCCCGCAGCCCGGUGCCCGCAGCCCUGUCCCGCGGCCCCCUCAGCGCCCCCCAUCGCCACCGGCCCCGCGCCCGGCUCUCCGCGGCGCAGGAAGGGGGGAAGGAAGGGAAGGAACCGCUCGCCGCGCAGCUGCACCCCCCCCCACCCCCUCACCCCUCCUCCUCCUCCUCCCGCCUCACACCGACCAUGUCGCGGCCGCUCCCGCUGAACCCCCCGUUCCUGCCGCCCACCUACGGCGUGCUGAAGUCGCUGCUGGAAAACCCGCUCAAGCUGCCGCUCGCUCACGAAGACGCAUUCGGUAAAGAAAAAGACAAAGAGAAGAAGUUAGAUGAUGACAGCACCGGUACCACAGUCCCUCAGUCAGCUUUCUUGGGCCCAACAUUAUGGGACAAGACACUGCCAUACGAUGGAGACACUUUCCAGUUGGAAUACAUGGACCUGGAAGAAUUCCUCUCAGAAAAUGGCAUUCCACCCAGCCCAAACCAGCAUGAGCCUAGCCCACACCAGUCAGGUCUCCAGCAAGCUACCUCAGCAUCACCUUCUGUCAUGGACCUCAGCAGCAGGGCUUCUACUUCAGUCCAUCCAGGCAUGGUGUCGCAGAACUGCAUGCAGAGCCCGGUCAGACCAGGUCAGAUCUUGCCAGCAAACCGAAACACACCGAGUCCCAUCGAUCCUGAGACUAUCCAAGUCCCUGUCGGCUACGAACCCGACCCUGCAGAUCUUGCUCUUUCCAGUAUUCCUGGCCAGGAGAUGUUUGAUCCUCGUAAGCGCAAGUUCUCUGAAGAGGAACUGAAGCCCCAGCCCAUGAUUAAGAAAGCUCGCAAAGUCUUCAUCCCAGAUGACCUGAAGGAUGACAAAUACUGGGCAAGGCGCAGAAAGAACAACAUGGCAGCGAAGCGCUCGCGGGACGCGCGGCGGCUGAAGGAGAACCAGAUCGCCAUCCGCGCCUCCUUCCUGGAGAAGGAGAACUCGGCGCUGCGCCAGGAGGUGGCCGACCUGCGGAAAGAGCUGGGCAAGUGCAAGAAUGUCCUGGCCAAGUAUGAAGCUCGACACGGCCCCCUGUUGGCAUUUGACUAGAUGGACAAUGUGUUUCCUGUUUGAUAGCACCACGCCCAAACCAACCUUUCUGUCUUCAGCACUUUACCAGAAGCAGAAACAAAACUGACUUAACGUUGGUUUUCUGUUUUGUUUUGGUUUUUUUUUGUUUUGUUUUGUUUGCGUGUGCGUGUCCCCGCGCGUGUGUGCGUGUGUGUGUGUGCACAUGUGUGUUCCCAGGUCUGUGUCCGUGGGUGUGCCUGUGUGUGUGGGUGUGCACGCAUCUCAGCACUUCCCAUUUUUAUGAACCCUCUUCAAAGGGUGCCACAUUUUUACCUGGACUGUUGAGAAACCACCGUAGUAAGCUUUUUAUUAUCUUUUUUUUUUUUCAGUGCUGCUUCAGAGUAGGGUUUUUACGUUCUUGUAAUCAGUUCCAUCCUCCUGAUUUUACUUGGAAAGAUCCCAGUAUAAAUUACUUAAAAAAAAAAAAAAGGAAAAAAAAAGAAAAAAAAGAAAAAAAAAGUAGAUCUCAGUUUUUUUUCGAGAGUAACAAGCUAUCGUUUUACGUCUGUCUAAUCAGAAAAGUUAACAUGCUAAUAAAGUGCACAAAUAAUAAUUUAGUACUACACUGCAGAACUAUUAAUUUAUAGAUCGCUUUCGUUGUAUUUUAAGUUUUUUGGUGAUAAAAUUGUCUUCAGAUUUUAAAGUGCUAUUAGACUGAGUUAGCUGUACUCAUUAUAGAUCCCAUAAUGGCUUCUCUGUAGCUACUUUAAGGUUCCUUUUUCUCUCCACGGACCCCAGGUAGGUAGGUAGGAGUGUGUGAUAGAGCACAGAGUUUGUACCUUGCACUGCCUGUACCUGAAGCAAUAAUCCUGUCGUGCGCUCGCGUGCAUGCUGCCCGGAUGUUCCCACUGGAAGUAGGACGGUUCCCUACCCAACAGGAGUUUUCAUGUCUUUGCCAGCGAGUUCCAAAAGUCAGAGACACGUUCCCGUGAGCAUGCUGAGCGUGUCCCUGCCGGGGGGGAGCGCAUGUGGAAGGAGCAGGAGAAUUAGUUGAAAUGAGAACAAAACUCGUAGAAUCAAAUCAGAUCCGAUGUCGAAAUCAGAGGGGCUUUUCUGUUUUCAGUUAGUUAUUCCAUUUUGUGAUUAAAAGUUAAAUAAAUACCUAAAUUCAGUUGGUUUUUUCCCCCCCACUCCCAUGUUUUGUAAUAUAUUUUCUGUGGAUUAUAUCUUGCUGUUUUAAAAAUCACUUUUAUUCAGUUAGAAGAAGUCACUGGUUUGCAAAGCCCAUUUUUUCCUAGUGAUUGUUGUUUUGAGUGUGACAUGAACUGAUGGUUCUGAACUUUAUUGUUUUAAACUCUCUGCUUUUGAACAUGUAUGUUCUAAUAUAAAGUGGACUUCUGAAAAAUGAAUGUAAGAGACACUGGUGUAUUUCAGAGGGGGAUGGUGUUGUCAUAUACUGUGGUUAAUCCAAUCAAUCUAAGUGUUUACUCUAGACCAAAAGGAUAGAUAUUAUAAAAUGUAUAAAGUUUAUACAGAAUAAUUAUAGUAUGUUCGUUUUGUACAGUAUUUUUCAAGUACAAAUACUGACAAUGUAUUUUGAAAGACAUAUAUAUAGCAAAAAGAAAAAGCUAUUCCAUGUUUAAAAUAUAUAGCAAAGAUAUAUAUUCUCCAUUAUUGUACAGAAAGGAAAUGCUUAGGGGUUUGUUGGUUGUUGUUUUUUUCUUUUCUUUUUUUUUUUUUUAAAUCUUUUCAUAUUUUAAGCCUACCACUGGCACACCGGCAUGUUCUGUGCUUUAAAUUAAAUUUUUAUGGAAGUAAUAUGGAUUUCCAGGAUGUUCCAUAUUACUGAAAAGGAGAGACUUUAGUAUUUUCCAUCAGAAACACAUCACGAAACUGUUUAACAGGGACAAAGCACAACAUGGAUUUUAGUCAACUAUUGAUUGGACAAUACAAUAUUUUGUAAUGGCAGGAAAAUAACAUACAACACAAAACCACUCACAGGCACUUCUGAUCUGCUGCUGCUGCUACAAUCUGUUUCCAGCUGAAUACAUUUUUUUUUAUAAAUAGCUCGGAUCCUGUACACACUUUGUGUACUGCACACAGUUAGUAACACGUGAGGAAAAUACGGUGCUACAUGUCUUGCUCACAGUUUUCUAAGUGUUCUGGCAUUAUUCUCCAAUACAAAGGUUGUUCAUUCCAUGAAAUCAUUUUUCAUGCUUCAGGAGACGGCGACAAAGAACUCAGCAUUUUGGUCAGCAUUAAAAAUCCCCUCGCAUGAAUGGCACUUUUCCAGUAUUUUUCCACAAACACACCUGGCUUGUCAGUGUCCCUUGACAUGUAGGACUUGCCUGUGGACCAUUUAUUGGGUAAACUGAAUUUCCACGUGCUGCAGCAAACUUUGAAGCGCAGUGAGUUAUUCCCUAGAGGUCAGUAUGAGGCAGUGGAUGCUGGGGAGACACAGGAGUGUGUGGCACAGGGCUCAGAGCUGCUGUGGCCACGUGGCAGCAGCACAGCAAACUGCAGCAGCCCCAAUCCCCCCACGAGGGGUGUUUUUGGGGUGCCCCAGGAGCAGGAAUGAGGUGCCAUUGGUGGGGGGGUGGGUUGUGAACACAAACCUUUCUAUGACACGUAAAAGGCAGCUUGGGAUUAAAAAAAAAAAGUGACAGAGAAUUCUUUUGUUUCUUUGGGCAGGGAAGGGGUGGGAGAUGGUUUUUGUAGGCUGGAUGUUAUGUUAUGGCCACAGAGGAGCACAGAGGUUUCCAGCAGCUGCCUGGUCCAGCGGUCCCAGAACUGCUCCGGUGCCUCCUCACCCCUUGGGAGGACAGGAGGGACUGGGAAUGUGCACAGGCUGCAGCUUCUCCUUUGGGGUGAGGACUUUCCAAGGAGCCUGAGGGAUUUAGGCACUCCCCGUUUGCUGUGGGAGUGAGGUACCUUGGCUGCUCUGAAAAGCUCAUUUGUAAAAAAAAAAUAGCACUUAAAAAAAAAAAGGCAAAAUAUGUGGGCCGAUAUCUGGAAAAACCCCAAGUUCUCUAGCCAGGUUGUCUCCCCAAAAUAAUAAAUAAAUGGAAGUUCAGCUCAUUUUCAGUUCCCAAGGUCAGCUCAGCUGGGCUCAUCACACCUCUGAUGGCUUUGUUGCUCAUGAAGGAGCUUGUAGGUAUAAGAGAUUGUAAUUUUAUAAAAAUAGAAAUAUAUAUAUUUGCAGAAUAAUUAAUAGCUUAUCUAAAUAAUUCACUGACCUCUAUUAAACUUAUAAGCAUUGGUAAAAUGCUUGUCUUCUCUUUUGUUUUUUGCUGACACUUAGAAGUGAAUUUUUUUCUUUUUAAAAAAGAAUGCCCUCUAGAAACCAGUGGGACUGGAGAUGGAUUUGUGAUCCGAGCACCUUGGGGCUCUCCGUGGGAAAGCCCGUGGCAGAGAAGGCGGGGGGGGUAUUUCUUUUUCUGUUUUGAAUGGUGCUGAAGUCACUAAACCCAAGCACCAUGGAAAUAAAGUUCUGACUUGAAUCCACAAAAGCAAGAAAUUCAAACUGCGGGGCAGGAGCCCGAGUGAGGCUCCGAGCUGGACUCGCUCCCUGUGCCCACAGGGGUGGGAUCAGCUCACACCCCUCACCCUUGAAUGUCUUGCCUCUGUGGGUUUGUAAUACCCCCAAUUAUUGCUUUAAAACUAUUUUUGCAUGUAAUUUACGAUAGAGAUGUGCAGUUUAUUUUUAUUUUGUCGACUUCUUUUUUUAUGUGAAGAGAUUAAAAAAAAAAAUAUAUUAAAACUUACAAGUGAUCAACCAUCGUAUUUCUGGCAACACCACAAGACAGCAUUAAAUACAAGUUUAACAAAUAGAUCAAAUUACCUGUAUGACAAGAAGUGGAUUGCAUCCUGUAUGCUGUUCAGCCCAAAUAUUUUUUUUCGUCUGUUAUUCUUAAUGUUUAAUAAACUUUUAAAUUUUUCUUCUCUCA